AUGCAUAACUGCUAUUUACUGCUAUUUACUGUUAUGCAUAACUGCUAUGUAUACUGCUAUAACUGCUAUUACUAUAACAUUGCUAUAACUGCUAUUUGCCAGCACUGUGCUAUCACUGCUAUUUUGACUGGUGAGCCUAAUCAAAAUCUACCAAUUAAUGAAGUAGGUUCAGGUAUGCAACCUAUAAAGAAGAGGAAAUCUAGUGCAAGUGGUUCUAGGCAAACAUCUGCUUGCUGGGAACAUUUUAUUAGAUUACCCGAUGACCUAGUUGAUGCACCCACUGCAGCCUGCAAACACUGCCAUAAAAAAUACUUGUGUGACCCUAGGACUCACGGCACCACUAAUUUGAACCACCAUAUUUUAAAAUGUUCUAAGAAGCCCCUUGUCGUGUCAACUGACUCCACACAAACUAUUCUAACAUACCCAAGUGUAGAUGGUAAACUGGUUCAAGUUAGCUCUAGAUUUGACAAGAAAGCUUGUAGAAAUGCUUUGUCAGUUUUUGUAGUUCUAGAUGAGCAACCAUUUAGUGCAGUAGAGGGUGAAGGGUUUAAAUUUUAUUCCAAAGUAAUGCAGCCCCAAUUUACCAUCCCAUCUAGGCGUACGGUAGAUAGGGACUGUUUUCAGCUAUACUUGGAUGAAAAACAAAAGUUAAAGGCCUUUUUUAAGUCUGAUUGCAAUAGGGUAGCACUUACUACUAAUUGCUGGACUUCUAUACAAAAUCUCAACUACUUGACCCUUACGGCACACUUUGUGGAUAACGAAUGGAAGUAUCAAAAAAGAAUUAUAAGCUUUACCGUAAUUCCAAACCACAAAGGUGAAACUGUAGGUAGGAAGAUUGAAGAAGUGUUAAGGGAUUGGGGAAUUAGGAAUGUGUCAACCAUAACUGUUGAUAAUGCCACUUCAAAUGAUGUUGCUGUGACAUAUCUAAAGAGAAAAAUAGCAAAUAUGAAUGGGUUAAUGGGGGAUGGAGAGUGUUUUCAUAUGAGGUGUUCAACUCACAUUUUGAACUUGGUGGCAAAUGAGGGUUUGAAAGAUAAACAUUUAUCUGUAACUAGUGUUAGAGAUGCUGUUAGAUUUGUUAAGUCCUCACCUCAUAGGGCAGCCAAGUUUAAAGAAUGCAUUGAAUUUGCUGGAAUAACUUGCAAAAAAUUAGUAUGUCUUGAUGUUUCAACUCGUUGGAACGUGACAUAUUUAAUGCUAGAGGCUGCGGAGAAGUUUCAACUCGCUUUUGAAAAGCUUGAGGAUGAAGAGUCGAGCUAUAGGGAGUUCUUUGGAAAAGGUAAUCCCCCUAGUAAUGAUGAUUGGGACAUUGCUAGGGCUUUUAGCGCUUUCCUAAAGUUAUUCUAUGAGGCAACUAAGACUUUUUCCACCUCUCAAAAUGUGAGUUUGCAUACUUGUUUUCACCAAGUGUAUGCCAUUUAUUGUGAGUUAAAGCAAGCCACUUUGAACUUAAAUGAUUUUUUUGCAAGUAUGGGUGGAGAUAUGAUGGAAAAAUAUAAUAGAUAUUGGGGAAGUCCUGAUAAGAUGAACAAGAUGAUAUAUUUUGGUAUUAUUCUUGAUCCAAGAUACAAGUUAAGUUACAUUGAGUGGGCUUUUAAGGACAUGUAUGGAGUUGGAUCAAAGUUUGGUAGUGACUUGGUAAAAUCUAUAAAAGAGAAUUUACAAAAGUUGUAUGAUUGGUAUAAGCAAGCUUAUGACCAAGAGUAUAAUUCCAUACAGCCUCUUGGUAGUGGUGGAAAUAAUGUCUCCAAUGAUGAAACAAAUGCAUCUGUUGCCCGUUCAUCACUUAUGGGAUCCUAA